UUGAGAGGUUUUCAGAUAGACACACUGAAUGUAGUACCCUCUAUUCUGUCCUUCCUUUGUCGAGUAGAUGUCGAUGGAUUUGACGUUUCCUCGCUUUCCACGGUUCUUUGCGGUUCAAGCCCACUUGGCAAGGAACUCAUCAGUUCAUUUUUAACAAAAUUUCCAGGUGUUCAGUACUUGAUUCAAGGUUAUGGAAUGACGGAAGUUGUUGUACUAAGUCAUAUUACCCCAUUAGGAAUCAUUGGUGAAAGACGGCUGGGUAGUUGUGGGAAACUGUUGCCAGGAUUUGAAGCUAUUCUUAGAGAUGAGAAUGGUCGUUUAAUUAAUGAUCCAAAUUGUUCUGGAGAAUUAUACAUCAAGUCGCCAACGGUUAUGCGCGGUUACCUCAACUCAGAAAAUGAUCAAGAACCGUUCGAUCAAGAUGGAUGGUUUAGGACUGGAGACAUCCUGUACUAUGAUGAUGACGGUUUCUUUUACGUUGUAGAUCGAGUGAAGGACCUUAUAAAAGUCAACGGAGUACAAGUGGCACCUUCAGAGAUAGAAGACACAAUACUCACCCUUUCGUAUGUGAAGGAAGUGGGCGUGAUAGGGAUUGAUGACCCCGAGCAUGGUCAGAUUCCUAAGGCAUUCAUUGUGCUACAAGAAGGUGAGGACGAGGAACAUGCCAAGAGGAACAUCUUGGAACUGAUAAAAGCAAAGUUCUCCCCAGUAAAACAAUUACGUGGAGGAAUAGAGGUCAGAAUAGAACUACCUAAAACAAGCAGCGGAAAGGUGAAACGUUAUGCAUUACGUCAGCUGUACAAGUGA